UAGGCAGCAUGGUGAGUUAAAUGAUAGUGCAUUUUCUAUUGGGUCACAUUCAGACAUGAGCCUCAAAAUAUGGCUGAAAUCCCAACGGUGUUCACCUCUGAGUCUUAGGUGGUGUCAUUUUCCAAGUUCAAAAAACAAUUGGCAGCCGGCAAUGGCAAUGACGAUGGCUUGGCUUCUAGUCACCCUAACCACCACCCUCCGAAGCAUCAGCUGCUGAUUCCAUCCCCUUCUUCCAACAGAUAACAUGUCCGCGCCGCCGCCCGCCGACGAGAGGCCGCUUGUGAUGCUGGCUCAGCCGCUCUUCCCGGAGUUCGCCGCGGCGCUCGCCGGCCGCUACCGGUUCGCCCUGCUGGCGGACGCCGAUACGGCGGCCGCGGCCGAGGCGAGGGCGCUGCUGGUAGGGGGGCUCCCGUCGGUCACGGCCCAGCACCUGGACGCGCUCCCGGCGCUCGAGCUCGUGACGUGCACCUCCGUGGGCGUCGACCACGUGGACCUUGACGCGUGCCGGAGCCGAGGGCUCAGCGUGACCAACGCCGGCGUCGCGUUCGCGGCCGACUCUGCCGACUACGCCGUCGGGCUUCUCGUCGCCGUGCUCCGAAGGGUGGCCGCCGCCGACGCGUACGUCCGCAGCGGCAGGUGGACGGCCGACGGCGACUACCCUCUCACCACCAAGGUGAGCGGCAAGCGGGUGGGGAUCGUGGGGCUGGGCAACAUCGGCUCGGGCGUCGCCCGGCGUCUCGCCGCCUUCGGCUACGCCGUCUCCUACCACUCGAGGUCGCCCAAGCCGUCGGUGCCGUACCCGUUCGUCCCCGCGCUGCGCGACCUCGCCGCCGGCAGCGACGUGCUGGUGCUCUCCUGCGCGCUGACGGACGAGACCAAGCACAUGGUGAACCGGGAGGUGAUGGAGGCGCUGGGGAAGGACGGGGUGCUGGUCAACGUCGGCCGGGGCGGCCUGGUGGACGAGCCGGAGCUGGUCAGGUGCCUCCGCGAGGGCGUCAUCGGCGGCGCCGGCCUGGACGUGUACGAGAACGAGCCGGCCGUGCCGCCGGAGCUGCUCGCCAUGGACAACGUCGUGCUGUCGGACCACAGGGCCGUGCUCACGCCAGAGUCCAUCGGCGGCGUGCUCGAGGUCGUCAUCGCCAACCUCGACGCCUUCUUCUCGGGGAGGCCGGUGGUGAGCCCCGUGGAGCUCUGAAACAUGAACAUCACGCACUGGCACUGGUCUGAUGAAAUUGAUCCGUCUGAAGGAAUCGCAUUCUGCAAAAAGAUGAAGUGAUUAAACAGACUUGGUUCCCAUAUUAAAAAGAUGAAGUGAACACACAAAUUUGGGAGAAUGUGAUGUGCAAGAAUAGACUUCUCAUCACUUCAUUUUCGAUGGGGUCAAGUUCACUAAAGAUUAGUACACCAUUAUUGCAAUCCGUUUUCAUGAAAUCCGGGUUUGGGGUAUUGUAUGGACUUGGGUAUCUAUUUCCUUCAGGACAUCACAUACUUUCAUUUUCAUGAAUAUUAUUGGCCGGGACCAAAAUGAUUAUAUAU